GACAAAGCCUCCAUAUCAGACUCGGGUCUUGGUGGCCGGCCGGCGACGAGGCCACACCUAUGGCGGACGACGCCCCGACGGACGAGCAGCUGCUCUCCUACGCCGACCUACCCAAGAGCGGCCGCGACAUGGCGGAGGUGUUUGCCGUGCGCGUCCCCGACGCGGCGGGAGGGCGCAGGCCACCGCCGUGCGGCAUCAUCUCCUUCCACGGCGGCAACUGCUGCAGCGACGUCAUCUACAGCCGGAGCCGGCCUGAUGAGCCCAGCUGCCCGCAGGUCUGCGACAGCCAGGGGAACAUCGUGCUAACUGGUCCAUCAGUGGCCACAUCCGCAUACGGGCCUGUCGUCUUCAACCUCCAGCUCCACGACAACAGCCAAGAAUCCCCCUCGCAGCAAGAUAAGGAGGAGGAGGAGGAGGACACCGGGAGGCUACUCUGCGACACCGUCGGUGGCAGCUUCUCCAACUACAACAGGGCCAUAGUCGAAACAGCUAGCACUCGCUACGGCCCCGCCGACGUGACCUACGCCGUCCUGAGCAACGGCGUCGAAGGCCGCGUCACUGUGAAGCUUGCUUGCUUGGAUGGAGAAGGCCCCGCUGGCGUUCUGGGGAGGAUCGUGGCGCGCAGCAAGCUGUUCAACGCCGGCUGCGUGCUCUUCUGCAACGAGCACGGCAAUGGCAACAACAUGCGGGUGGGAUCCGGGGAGCUGGUUCCGUUGGCGAGGCAUGUCCUUGCGGUGCCAUUGCACAUGCCGCUCACGGUUGAGCUGGACCUGCGUCGCGACUCCGGCGACGAGAUCGUGAGAGGUGCUGUCGCGUUUCAUCCCGCGACCGAUGGGCAGCAUAUGGAACGUGUCAUGGGCGCUGGUGGCGCUGUAAUUGAAGUGUCAAUCUCAUGGUCAGACUACCCAUGGUACUGCAUGCCCAUCACCCGGCCGUUAGCGCUGCUCAUUAUUAUUGGGAAGGACCACAAAUAAGUGUUGUUUGAUUUGAGUCACGUAAUCUUCUUUCUUUUACUUUUAUGUAAGACUAUUUAGCUACAGGAUACUAUUAUGUCUUUAAUAAAAGUGGUUGUCUACACUGUA